AUGAAAAUGGCGUCGCUUAAUCUGCGUUGCGACUCGACGCACCUUCUUCCUUGGCGUGAUGUUAAGAGAACAAAACCAUUAAGAAAGACUUGGAUGUGUCCGAGGCUCACAUCAAACAGGUUGAAUGUUAGAAUGAGAGUGAUGUCCGAGGAAGGAGAGUUCUUCUUUUCCUCUAAGAGUAAUGGAUCAAUGGGGGUCGAGUUACAGCCCGAUUUGGUUUCGUUUGGUACAUUAGCAGCAGAGAUGAUUCCCACAACAAUGGUUUCAUCUGAGGUUGAGGAUGAAGAGUUUGAUCUUGAUCGACCUACUGAUGGAUUUGCCUCUAUCCCUCAAGCCAUUGAGGAUAUUCGACAAGGAAAGUUGGUGAUUGUUGUAGAUGAUGAAGAUAGAGAAAACGAAGGAGAUUUGAUAAUGGCGGCGUCGUUGGUAACACCUGAAGCUAUGGCUUUUGUGGUGAAGCAUGGGACUGGAAUCGUGUGUGUGAGCAUGAAAGGCGAAGACUUGGAGAGGUUAGAGCUUCCUCUAAUGGUGACACGAAAGGAGAACGAGGAAAAACUCUGCACGGCCUUCACAGUUUCUGUGGACGCGAAAAGAGGAACAUCGACAGGUGUCUCAGCUCGUGAUAGGGCACAAACGAUACUAUCCCUUGCAUCAAAAGAUUCAAAGCCUCAAGAUUUCAAUCGUCCUGGUCAUAUCUUUCCUUUGAGAUACAGAGAAGGCGGCGUACUCAAAAGAGCAGGGCACACAGAAGCCAGCGUGGACCUGACUGUGUUGGCCGGUUUAGAGCCAGCAUCGGUUUUAUGUGAGAUUGUUGAUGACGAUGGCUCCAUGGCUAGAUUACCAAGACUCCACCAAUUUGCUCAAGAGAACAGCUUGAACAUCAUUUCAAUCGCUGAUCUGAUCAGAUACCGGAGGAAAAGAGAGAGACUGGUCGAGUUUACUGCGGUUGCGCCUAUACCGACGAUGUGGGGACCGUUCAAAGCGUAUUGCUUCAAGUCAUUGCUUGAUGGAGUUGAGCACAUUGCAAUGGUCAAAGGAGAAGUCGGAGAUGGGAAGGAUGUUCUGGUGAGAGUACACGCAGAGUGCAUCACAGAUGAUAUAUUCGGAAAUGGGUUUGGUGGGAAGCAGUUAGCGAUUGCUAUGAGACAGAUUGAAGAAGCAGGGAGAGGUGUUUUUGUCUACUUACGUGGUCCUGAAGCUAGAGGCAUUGACCUAACACACAAGCCUCGUACUUACGACAGCUCUUCAGAUGAAACCGAGGGUGUUUCGUUCCCCGUUGCUUCAAGAGAAUACGGCAUUGGAGCACAAAUUCUGAGGGAUCUUGGUGUUAGAACGAUGAAGGUGAUGACGAACAAUCCAGCAAAUUACGUUGGUCUUAAAGGCUAUGGUUUAUCAAUCUCUGGUAAAGUUCCACUCAUUACUCCUAACUCCUAA